AAAAAGAGAAACCUCCACUAUCUUGAUCGCACAAGCCCAAUCAACCCCUUUUGCAUCCAUAACAAGCACCCCAGCGGGGGAGCUCAGCACUUAAAGGGGAUCUAGCCAGACCCUUCUUUGAAAUUAUUCAAUCUAUUUUAAUGAUUGGUUCGCUCGCCCGACUUCAAAGGCGCCUCCAAUCGCCACUCCUGAUAGGCUGAAAGGAAGCCAAAAAAAAAACAACCACCAUUUUUUUUAAAAGGGGUGGGUGGGAACGGAGUAUGAUCACAGGAGGAAAAAGAUGUAGAUUGAGAAGAAAAAGAGGAAUUUCAGAGAGAGAGAGAGAGAAGCAAAUUGUCACCUGUUUUUCCAUCUCUAUCGAAGACCAUGAGCUCCCUCCACUGAUAGUUUCGGGUGACCCCCAAUGGCAACUCUGGCUUUGCAGAACUCGGAUAACAUCAUACAUUCCUUCUUGCAGGACUAGACUGCCAACUCCUCUCCAGAGGACGUCACUAACUGUCAUCCUACUUGGACCUUUAUAGCAGUGCCUGCUGCUUCCCAUUCUUCAGCCAACAGUUCAGGAACCUGUGAGCCUGUGGGGAUGUUCCAACUCUGGAGCAAUGAGGUCCCAUCAGGCUCCCACACGACCAUGGCUUUCGGACUCCCCAAGAUGCCCUACCAUGGGCAGGUGCCAUCCAGCAGUGGCUCUGCCCACGAACUGCCACUGACACCGCCAGCUGAGUCCACCUACUCCUUUGAGCUGUCACCUGUCAAGGUGCUGGCCCCCACAGUGCCCCCCUCGUAUGCCUUCCCAGAGGCCCAGGACUUCUCCAGCUUUUUGCAAAGCCCCCGGCCUUUGGGCCCAGCUGCUCCUGCAGGCACUACCUCCACUGAUGAUGCUCCUUGGUGGAGCCUGCAGCAACCAGGCAACUUCUCUCUGGGUCGGCCGCUGGUCUUAAGUCCCCAGCCCCCCCUUGCUGCCCUCUUGCAGGGCACUCCCAAGGGGCUGCUGGGUACAGCUCGCCGCUGCCGCCGCUGCAAAUGCCCAAACUGCCAGGCAGUAAAUGGGGCUAACGAAGAACCAGGCAGGAAGAAGCAACACAUCUGUCACCUGCCAGGCUGUGGCAAGGUCUAUGGCAAAACAUCCCACUUAAAGGCCCACCUCCGUUGGCAUGCAGGCGAACGCCCCUUCAUCUGCUCCUGGCUCUACUGUGGGAAAAGCUUCACCCGCUCUGAUGAGCUGCAGAGGCACCUUCGGACGCACACGGGCGAGAAGCGCUUUGGCUGCCAGUUGUGCCCCAAGAGGUUUAUGCGGAGUGACCACCUGGCAAAGCAUGUCAAGACCCACCAAGGAAAGCGAGUACGGGGCAUGGCCAUGGUAGCAGCAGCAGUGGGCAUCAAGCAGGAGUGACCUCGAGGGGAUGAAGGGGGCAGAAACGGAGCCCAAAGGGCAGAGGUUGGUUCAAGGAAGCAGUGAGAAGACUGAGGUGCACCUGAGCUAACUUAACACUCCAGCCCUGUCCCAAUCAACAACACUACCUGCCUAUUAACAAUGAUGACUUCUCCCAAAGGAUCCUGGGAACUGUAGUUUGAGGAGAUGUUGGGGAUUCUCUAUCUAAGAUCCCUAGGCCCUGAUAUUCCAUGAGAAAGGGGCAAGUUCCAGUUGUCAAUUUAAGCCUUAAAUGUUGAAAUGCCCCGUCUCUCAAGUGGCUUAGAAUUCCCUCUUCAAAUGCAUGCAUUGAAAGGAUGGGGAAAGUCCAUCUGCUCAACACCCUGACUGUGAGUAUGAUGGAGUCGUCAAAAGGGAGUUAAAGGGUAACUAAUGCAGACUGAGUGACCCUGAGGAUUCACUCACAGAUACACAGCAGAUGCAGACAUGCAGAGGCAUAAAUAGUUACAUAUUCAGGUAAACUCUCAGAUACAUAUUAGUACAUUGCAGUCAUCUCACAUCAGCAUCCACAAGGCUACAAGUGAACACAGACUCAUGUCCACAUGCAGGUACUGAUCAGGGGGAUCAUACUAAUUCAGCACACUUAAUCUAUGCAAGCCACAUAUCAGCACAGAUUGAUGCAGUCUAUCCAGAGGCAGUAGUGAUGGUGGUGUCCUCUUAUCCCCCCCUCUCCCCACCAAAUACAUAUAUUCACAUCACAGCACUGGAAAACAAAUCCCCUGCAUCUAAGCAUUAGAUAUUGGUCCCUGGGAAAUUGAAAUAUUUUCCUGCCUCUGUAAAACCUGAUGCUGGCUCCAAAACAUGCAGUGCUGGCGUCUGGGAACUUGAGUGAUUUUUUCAGCCUUCUUUCCAUACCAUGCUGUUCUGGAUUUUCUGUGUUUUAUUUUGCACUAAAAAAUAGGACACGGAGUCCUAGUUCACACAGAGAGUUGAGGUGAUAAAACUAUUCUUGGACUGUACCAUUUCAGACCAUAGACGGGGAUUUUCAUGACUGAAUGUUCUCCCUCACCCUGUUAAGACUACAUAUAAUAUCCUGGUUAGUAAACUGACAUUUAACAACAGUUCAGAUCAAAUGGGAAAUCCUGGUUUAAACAACCAGGAUCUCCAUUCCAAAGCCAGUGAGUAAGAGGAGGAGGAGAAGCAAGGAAGCAAGGGAGGAGCAGCCAAACCUGACACUGGUCUCUGGCUUUAUAAUGAUUUAUAAUGUAAUUGUAAAUGAUGACUUACAAAGCUGGGAAUAUUAUGUCCAGACUAGGGCGCAUGGGAGGGACAAGGUGGAAGGGAAGUCGGGGCUGUGCAAAUGUACUGGUGGGGCUAAUGUGGCACUUCUGACUAUUUGUUUGCACACCUCCAUCCUCCCUGCCACCUUGCCCCUCCCACUCUUCCUUCCCAUAAGCAGCAGUGACUCCACUGCCAGGAGGUCAAGCCAACCACGCACACAUAUAUAAGCUCCCUCUUUGCAGAUAGCUAGACAUCAGAACAGAGUUCCAGCAUAGCCUUUUCCCUGAUAUGCUAGGAUUUUAUUCCCUGGGGGAAGCACUCCAACAUGCAUUUUUCCUACCUACAGUUUGAAAUGGUGCAGUCCAGAAACAUUUGUAUGUGUAUAUUUGAGUGCUGAGAUGUUCUGUGUGGAUAUACCCUUAAAGGUAAAUGCACAUUCAGACAAAAAUUAAAUACAGGGUGUACGCCCACACAGUGUGUGCCCACACCAGACAUCUA